AUGGCCUCACAAGAAUUUACGGUGUUAUACACUCACCAAAAGAUGAAAAAAUCAAAAACAUGGCAAGAUGGAAUUCUGAGGGUUAGAACUGGCAGAAAUCAGGCUACCUUGUUUGAUGAUAAAGGACAAUGUCUAGAGAGUAUCUUUAUAAGAUCUCAGGUGUCUCCUGGAGAUGAUUUCGAAAGUGAUCGAUAUUUAAUCACAGUUGAAGCAGUCAAAGGGAGUGAAAAGCCUUCUGAAGGGCAGCCAAAGCAAGCAGAAAUUCCAGCAGUGGAUAGAAAUGGUGUAAAACCUGGUCUUCGACCGCCAAGACAUCUCCCUGUUGGCUUGAAAAGGAAGUUUACGGGGUUCCAAGGACCACGCCAAGUUGAGAAGAAAAUACCAGCUGUGGAAGAUGAAGGAAAACCAACAGUGUUGCCUUCAGCUAAGGAGUGCCAAGGGAAUUUUCCAUCCAAGUUUUAUAUCAGCUCUCCGUUGUUUUCUACGAUUCGCAAGAAGGAUGCAGAAACAAAUCUCUCUGCAGGCAGUCAGGAAGAGGGAUGUAGGGACAGUGGCAGAGAGCAAAUGUCUGUGUCCUCACUGCUUUCAGCUCCCUUUAGUGACAGCUGUGAGGGGACAGAGAAGCAAAACUCCCAUCAGUUGGUUGUGCAGCCGGAAUCGCCUCUCCUCACUGGGCACACAGGUCCCGGGGCAGUGUCCCACCACAUCAGGAGCACAGCACAGAUAAUUGCUCUUCUGAAGUCUAAACCAGCACAAGGACACAGAGAGCAAACAUCUGGAGUCACAGGCUGCCUUUCCAGGUUUCAGGCAGCAGAAAAUGCAGGUUUAUGUGACAAAAAAUGCCCUGUCCUACCUGGUUUUUCAGGCGAACCUGCCAAAGGACUCGUUCCAGAUACUCAGCACCUGCCUUUUGUGCAGGGAACUGUAAAUUAUACAAAGGACUGGAAUGCUCAAACACUUCCAAAUUCAGCUGAACAAUCUCGUGGUGAAGAAGUCACAGGACAGAGACAAGACAAAAAGGUAAAUAAUUUAAGUCAAGAUUUACAAGAUCACUGCAACACAAAUACUUACUUUCUACCUGAGUCCACUGUAAGUAGAAUGAGUGACAGUCAGUGUGGCCCAUCCUCAGGUGACAUUUCACCUUCAGCAAGUCCAACUACCUUUGAAAACAAUCCUUUUGCAUACAGAGAGCAUUCAGGGACUGACAGUCUUAGGGAGGAUUUCUCUGUGAAGAUGCAGAGUGAGCUUCAUCCAAGACAAAAUUCAGAGGGAGUGUCUAGUGACCCAGAGCUCUCUUGGGAUGUGACAUUGACUGAAGCUGGAAUUGUGAAGGAGGAGUUCAGUUUGCAGGGCACAGGAUGUAGUCCUGAUGGGGAACUGAUGGAGGUUAACUUUAACCUAAUGGAGACUUUUGAUUUUAAUGACAUAGACAAUGAAGAGGUGUGUGAGAGAGAAGGGAAAGAAUUCUCUGAGGGAGACAUGCCUUCAUGGAGCCCAGGUAGCUUUCAGGGAGAAGAUGUAGCACAAGGUGCUGCCUUGAGCCCUCAUUUGAAGCCUCAUUCUUGCUGUGAAGCAGAGACACACAGCAAAAAUGAAGUGAAAUGUUCAAAAUCUGAUGGAGAGGGGAGUACACCACCCCAGCUUUGUGACAAUGAUGCCAGGAGAACUGCAGAAGAUGCUGCAAACCAGACCAGAACCAAAGUGGAACUUGUAGGUGAUGGACAUAACAUAAAAGAGAUCAGUGAGAGUCAAUCAAGUUUUGAAGGCACAAACAAAGAGGAGGAUCAGGAUGGCUGUGCAGCACUCACCAUUAAUGGCACAUGCUGGGUAAAAAACCAUCACUCUGAUCUCUUGCCUGGUCACACCAGUGCUCAUGAAUGUCACCCUGAAACCAGGCUGUUUGAGGCCACUGGAAGUCUUUCAGCUGUUUCUCCCAGCAGAAUAAUUUCUGCCUUGGACAAAAAGACCAAGGAAGGAGUUACAAAGCUUGGAUGCAUGGAAUCCCCAGAUAUUGGCCCAGAGCACUUCUGGGCUUCUAAGAGUGAUGACAUGAAGCCAGACAGCCCUCUGCUGGCUUUGUCACAGAAAUCAGAUCCUUUAGGAACAGGUUUUUCAUCUCCAGAGGAAACAGCAGUAGGAGGAACUGUGUUGGAAAAUGCAGAGAGCAUAACUGCUUCUCCUGAAGCUUGCCAAGGAGAAACAAUGGGGGUGGAUUGCCUGAAAUGCACAGCAGUGGCUGAGAAUUCCUCAGGACUCCUUGCUUUGAUGAAUGAUAUUGCUCUUCUGAGAGCUUUGACUCAGCAUAGCACAGCAUUAGAGAGCUUACAAAAGAUGGAGGAAAAUACCAGCAUGUUCUGUGAAACAGACACUGAGGAGACACUUGAACCCCUUGAAAAGGAUGAAGCUAUAAAAGAGUUUACAGAAAUGCCUUACUCAGAAAGUUUACAGGCAUCUUCCUGUUCAUACUUUGAUUCUCCUGGCCUUAUGUCCAACUGUGUGGACAAUUUAUUCCAGAAGACAGAGGCAUAUACUGUACCAAUAGCAGCAGCCCAAAGGGACCCUGGGACAUCUGACUGGCAACCAAAGCCUGUUACCUUCCAAGGGUACCAAGUGAAAGGAUCAGCAGCUAGUGAGGUCAUGUUGAGAGCUCCAUGCUCCCAGCUAGGAUGGCAGCAGCUCCCAGAGAACAUGGAUUUUGCAGCUGAGACUUUUUUCUCACCCCUCUUUUCAAGGAAUUAUGACCCUUAUGACUUCAGACAGUCGCCAAGUUCCAGGAGUCUUCAUAAGGAUGAUGUUGAUGUUAUCAGAGAAGGGAAUUUUCAAAUGAAGCCUGAUGUAAUUGAAGAGCCAGGAAUAAAUCAGUCCUCACUGGCAUUGGAUGUGCCACUGAAGACAAUGUCACAUCCACCCUCUGACCUGAGACAAGCACAGUGGACUGCCUGGGAACCUGGCAAGAUUUCAUCAGUGCUGACUUCCCCACUUGAUCCAGACUCUGCAAUUUCUCCACCUUGGGGAAGUGAAGAGACUGUUGGAGACAUCCAGGAGCCCCUGACACGUGGGAUCUUACCAAGUGAACCAGAACUUCCAGAUUUCUUGUUGACCCGGGAGAAAUCCAGCUGUCCACGGGAAUGCAGCCUCCCAGCGUUCACGCCCACGAUGAAAACACAGACUCCAUUUGUCACUCGGACUCCCUUUGUCACUCUUCCUACCACCCAUGAGAUUCCUGACACCUUUUACCCCACUGAGAGCCAGGAGGUGCAACAGUCUUUGGGCUCUUCUGGGGGAAAUUUGUGGAGCGAGUCAGUGGCAUUUCCUAGGAGUGCUCCCAGCCCCCAGGACAGGAAUUAUGAAACCUCCGUGUUUGGGGAGAACACGGAAGAUGGACAAAGGGGAUCUGUGCCACCAGCGCUCCCUAAUGUGACUGCCCAACCCAGACAAAGCAAGUGGCUGAAGUAUCAAAGCAGUGCUCAGAGUGAUUUGAUCCCUGAAAACAGCGCUGAAGGGGAAGAGAACGAUGACAUCUGUACCCGGAGUGUCCUUGGAAUGCUGCCGGGUGACACAGGAGAGGGCAGCACCGUGAAUGCAAGUGCUCCCAGCUCUGCACUGCUGCUGCCAGCCAGGAGCUCGCCUGGGGAACGCUCCGAGGCUGCAAAGAGCAGCCAGGCAGAUACAGUUUCAGAGGGGAAGGUGCUUUCCUUGCACUUAGGGCAGACACCUCUGGCUGCGGCCACACAAAAGGUGUUGAGUCACCUGAGCUGCCCCGCCGGAACAGGAGACUGCCAGGACAUAACAAUUUCUGAGUUGUCUUUUCCUCCUGUGGAUAAAGUGAAACAUGCCAAUCUUCCUAAAAGAAAGAUUUCCAUCCCAGCUGUGUUUCAGUCUCAUAUUCACUACAAGCAGGUUUUUAAAGCUGCUCUGACAGAGCAAUUGAACAUAAUGCUGUUUGAGUUGGCACAGAGACUGCACAAUGCCCUCUCCAAAGUGGAUAUAUCAUUUUACACUGCAGUAAAAGAUGGGCAAAGCCAGAGCCAGGGAAGCUGUGCUCCACUCUGCAAUCACAUGCACCCUGCUAAGCUGGUGAUGGUUAAAAAAGAAGGUCAAAACAAGGGCCGUUUGUUCUAUGCCUGUGAUGCCCCAAAAGCUGAGCAGUGCUCCUUUUUUAAGUGGAUUGAAGAUGUGAACCCCACACCGACAAAAUCCAGACCCAGUGCAGUGCUGCACGACACAAAAAGUAUUGGGACUUACCUCAGGAGUCAAAAGAUUGCUGUCUAUGAGGAAUGCCAGCUUUUGGUGAGGAAAGCCUUUGAAAUUCCAGCACAGCGGUACAGUAAGUUCAAGAAAUUUAUGAAUACACCUGCCAGCUUUGAUGGUGACACCAAACCCAAACUGUACCUGAAACUAAGCAGAAAGGAGCAUUCUUCUCUCUACAGCAAAGAUGACAUCUGGGUUGUUUCCAAGACUCUGAACUUUGAUCCCAUCGAUACUUUCAUCGCAAGCAGUGCUUUCUUUGGACCAUCCUCCAACAAUGAAAUAGAACUGCUACCACUGAAAGGCUACAGUCCCUCCAACUGGAGAUCCAGCAUGUGUGUUCACGCCUUGCUGGUUUGUAAUGCCAGUGGUGAGCUGGCAUCCUUAAGGAACAUGGAAGAGCACUUCAAUCCAUCCACAUUACCACUGAUCCCAUAUCUCCUGAAAAUGAAUGUUAAUUCUGAAAAUACUACAAAAAGAGUCAACAAAAGGAAAUUUACUCCACCUGCCAUGAGCCUGAAAUGCUCAAUGAUGUCUGGCCCUGUGAGCUCUGAAGUGGCAAUGGGAGUGGCUGAAGAGAUGAUCCAAAGGUUCUCCCUGAACCCAGACCAAGCAGCAUCACUGAUUCACGUAGCUCAGAUGAUGGGCUGUGAAAACCCCAAACCAGGGGAGGAACAUCAGAGCUGCCCCAUCACAAUCAUACGUGGUGUUUUUGGAGCUGGCAAGAGCUACUUGCUGUCUGUGGUGAUCUUGUUCCUCGUGAAGCUCUUUGAAAGCAGUGAAGCUAUGGAGGGUCCAAGGGCAACUCCGUGGAAACUCCUCAUUGCUUCUUCCACCAACGUUGCUGUGGACAGGAUACUUCUGGGUCUGCUUGAUCUUGGAUUUGAGGAUUUUAUAAGAGUGGGAAGUAUAAGGAAAAUCACGAAAGCAAUUCUUCCCCAUAGUUUACAUGCAGGCUCAGGAAAUGAAAAUGAGCAGCUGAAAGAGCUGCUUGCUCUCCUGAAAGAAGAUUUGACUCCAGCUGAGAAACUGUAUGUCAGGAAGAGCAUUGAGCAGCAUAAACUGGGGACCAAUAAAACUAUUCUGCAGCAGGUGAAAGUGGUCGGAGUGACGUGUGCUGCCUGCCCCUUCCCUUGCCUGAAUGCGCUCAGGUUUCCUGUGGUGAUGCUGGAUGAGUGCAGCCAGAUGACUGAACCUGCUUCUCUCCUGCCCAUCGCCAGGUUUCAGUGUGAAAAGCUUGUCCUUGUUGGAGACCCCAGGCAACUGCCACCAACUAUUCAAGGGUCUGAGAGUGUUCAUGGGCAGGGAUUGGAGCAGACUCUCUUUGACCGGCUCUGCUUAAUGGGACAUGUCCCCAUUCUUCUCCGGACACAGUACCGCUGUCACCCUGCCCUCAGUGCCAUCGCCAACGAGCUCUUCUACGAUGGGAACCUCAUUGAUGGCAUUUCUGAGGAGGACAGGGCUCCUUUAUUGGAAUGGCUCCCAACACUCUGCUUUUACAGUGUUCAUGGCAUGGAGCAAGUUGAAAGAGACAACAGCUUUUAUAACAUGGCAGAAGCUCAUUUUAUAGUCAAGCUCAUCCAGUCUCUGAUUGCAAGUGGAAUAGAAGGAGCUGAUAUUGGCGUGAUUACCCUUUAUAAAUCACAAAUGUAUAAGAUCCAGAAUUUGCUCAGUGGGGUUCACUCCGAGGCUUUUGAAGUCAAGCCUGUCCAGGUGUCCACGGUGGAUGCGUUUCAAGGCGCUGAGAGGGAAAUCAUCGUGCUGUCCUGUGUCAGGACAAGGCACUUGGGGUUUAUAGACUCGGAGAAGAGGAUGAACGUGGCACUAACGAGGGCCAAGAGGCACCUGCUGAUUGUGGGAAGUCUGCCCUGUCUGAGCAGGAACAGGCUGUGGGGAAGAGUAAUUCACCACUGCAGAGGAUGGGAAAAUGGCUUUCAACAUGCAAGCCAGUGUGAGCAGCAGCUGAAUGAUAUUCUCAAGUCUUACUUGGAGAACUGGGAGGAAGAACAGCGUAAGAAAAAGGACAAGUAAAAUAUGUAUUGAUUUUGUGAACAGAAUAUUAACUGCUUGUGUAUAGCAAUAGCUCUGGUAAUUUGUAAUCUAGUAUUUAUUUAAUGUGUGGGGUAUUUUUGUUUGGACCUCAGUGCACUGAUACUUCUGUUUGACCUUGUGGUCCUAAGACUAAAAAUUAUUAAAGUGACUUUAUUUGGUUGAUAACUGUAAA